AUGAAUAUGAAAGUCACUUCUUCUAGUUCUGUUUCAAUAAUUAACUCUAAGUUUUAAAAUAAUACAAAUUUAUUAGGUGGAUCAAUAUAGUUCAUAUAAAUUUCCAAUUAAAUUUUAAUUAGUAACUCAGUCUUUUAAUAUAACAUUGCAAGAGCUAGUGGAGGAGCCAUUUAUGCGGAAAAUGUUGCUCAAAUAUUUAUACAAGCGAAUACUAAAAUAAUUAAUAACCAAGCUUUAAUUGGUGGAGGUAUUAGAGUUAUAGGGCAAAAUGCAUUACAAAAUAUUAGCUAGAACUCAGUUUCAUAAAAUUAAGCAAAGAUAUUUGGGAAUAAUAUUGGAACCUUCCCAGUUGAUAUUGAAAUUAUUUCAGGUACUAAAAAAGAAAAUUUAAUCUUUACAAAAACUUAAAAUGAUAUUACUAAAUAUGGGAUAGUAGAGAUGUAUAAUUAUUAGAGUGGAAGUUCUACUAACCUAUUAAUUUCUUAUGUUGAUUCAGAAAAUAGAAAAAUAAAUUUUACACCAGAUGAUGUUAUGAAUAAACUUUACCCAUAAAUAAUAAUUGAUGAAAUAACUUCUUGGUUAUUCCAAUUAGAAAGCCAAGAUUCUACUUAAGUAUAGUUAACAGGAUAGUAAUAGAUUAACUAUAAUCAGUUUGAUAGUGUUAAUAAAUUUUUUAGAUUUGAAAAUGUUUACAUAAAUGCAAACCCUGAAAGUAAUUAGCAAAUAAAUUUGAUUUACUUUAUUAGCAAGUAUUAAAAAAAAAAUAUUAUUCAGUUAAACAUACAAUUAAGAUAAUGUAUUUAAGGAGAAAUUUAUAAAUAAUUUUCAAAAUAAAUUUAAAUAUGUUAAUCAUGCACUGGAGGAUAUUAUUCGAUUUAACAUCCUUAAAAAAACGAAACCACAGAAUGUUAAAAAUGUCCUAGCGAAGCAGAUUCUUGUGAUAAAAACCAAUUGAUAUUAAAGCCAGGCUAUUGGAGAGAAUAGUAAAUAAGCUCUCUGAAUAUACUCUAAUGUGAUACUUAAAAUAACUCUUGUGAUGAAAGCAAUUAAUCUAACAAAUUUGGAUGUUUAGAUGGAUAUUUAGGCCCAAUUUGUGAAUAGUGUGAUUACUCUGGUUUAGUUUGGAGUAAGAGAUAUAGUGCCUAUGGUUUUUUAAAAAAAUGCUUUAGUUGUAGCUCUACUUAAACGCAAAUAGUAGUUUUAGCAUUAUCAGGCCUUGGACUAUUUUUUUAUAUUACUAUAUAGGUCUACGCAUUUAUGAAGAAUUUUCAAAUAUAUUUAACUUAACAAUACCUAAGAUUAUCUAAUAUUUUACCUAUUUCUGCUACUUAGAUGAGCAAACUAAACAGCUUUUACAUAAAAUGCCUUUUAACCUACAUCUAAAUGCAUUCGAUAGUUGUAGACUUUGAGCUUUAAUGGCUACCUUAGAGCAUAUUCUAUAUUUCUGAUGCUUUUGGAAAACCUAAUUCUCAUAUAAUAGUGAAUAUAGUCUGUAUAAUUCCAUCAAAAAUUAUAGAUAACUAUGGAAUUGGUAAAAUAAAAAUGUUUUUAAUCAUCUUAUAGCCUAUAGCCUAUUUAAUUGCUACUUUAAUAUUUUUUUUAAUAGCAAUGAGAAUCAAAUCCUUAAAAAUAAAAUUCAUAUAAGCAUAUACAGCAUUAAACUUUUUAUAUAUCUUCUUCUAAUCAGAUUAAAUAAGUUCUAUUACAUAAUUUUUAACAUGCAAGUCUAUAGGAAGUAAAAGUUAUAUUUCUACUGAUCUUCUUUAUGAGUGCUAAAAUGAAAGCUAUAAAAUAUAUUAAUACUAUGCUGGGAUUCCUCUUUUGAUAUUUUGGACAUUAAUACCUGUUUUUAUUCAUUAUCUAUUGUUUAAAAGAUAGAAAAAAUUAAUGUAUUACUCUAGUGUUUUCAUAUUUGGGUUCUAUUAUUUAGAGUACAAUGAAAAGUAUUUUUAUUGGGAGUUUAUUAGAAUCUAUUUUAAAACAGGGAUAGUAGUAUUCUAUACUUUAUACAAAUAAAACUUAUAUGAGUCUCAUAUGAUCAUACUUCUUUGCAUAGCUUUAUAUCUAACAUCUCUAAAAAAAGCAAGUCCUUUCAUAAAUCCAAAUAUGGUAAGAUUAGAAUAAUACUCGUACAUCACCCUUAUGCUAGUAAUUUUAAUUAAGGACUUAAAUAUUACCUUCUAAAAUGGAUUUUUAGAAUACAUAUACAUUAUAAUCCAUUCUGCUUUUAUCAUAUACAUAGUAGGUACAAUUAUAUAUAACAGAUUUAUAUAAAAUAAUGACAAAUUGAAAAAAAUAUAUUUUUAUAUUGCUUCAAAAAUAUCCAGUAAAUACAAGUACAAACCUCAAAUUCAAUUUAAGACUUUUAAAAACUGGAAAAAAAUUAAGAAAAAUAUUAAAUAGCUUAUUAACUCAAAAGCAGUUGAUAUUGUGGAAAAAAAUGGAGCAGAAGAUUUAUAAAUUACUAUAAACUAAAAUGACUAAACUUUGAAAUAUCUAAAACUGAGUUAGGAAAUAUCUAAUUAAUUUAGUUAAAAUGCAUUAAGUAGCUUUAAUUGUAUUGUUUUUAGUACUAAAAAAGUUAAGAGUUUCUUAAAUUAAUUUGAAAAUCUCAAUAAGUAGAUUCCCUAAUAGAAAUAAUAAAAAAAUUAAGCUUUAAAAGUAAUCUAAAAUAACCAAAUAGAUUGCAUUCAAGAAAUAAGUUUAUAAGAAAGUAAGAUAGAAGAGCUUAAUAAUGAAAUUUAAGAGCAUUGUGAAUAUAAUUAAAAAUAAAUAAGCAUGUAAUUUAAACAAAUGGAAUUCUAAAAAAUGGAAAAUUUGUUUAAAAAUGAUAAUUAAAUAAAUUAAUUUGAAAAUAAAACAAAAAAAUUAGAAAAUAAUAUUGAAAACUAUGGUAAUAUAUGAUGAUAUUUAGAAAAAAAUUACUUUUCAAUAACUUAUAUUUAAUUACCUUGGAUACUUUACAUAUAAAAUUUAGUACAUUUUACAAGUUUCUUAAAACUUUUAAAUUUUAAUUUGGAAUUAUGACUUAAUUUUUUUAUUGAUAAAAAAUCAUUUUUAAUCGAAAAAUACAAGAAUACAAGAAAUAUUAGUUUUGAG